AUGCUUUCGUGUCACAUUACUUUCCCAUUGCACCUUCAUAUUUACACUUUAAGUUUUAAACUUUAUGCGCAUGACUUUGUUUUCAAGCCUAUUUAUAGAAUGAAAUUUCGUGCAAAAUUAAGGAAAUUCUUUAACAUCCAUUGUGUUUUUCUCUCGACAACUGAGAAUUUACUGAAACAACAAGAAAAUGAUCAUUCCUUCAUAAUAAUACCAUUUGUCUGCACAACUACACGAUACGUAGUGACACUAAAGGGUUGGGCGAAUACGUCAAACAAGAUUAUUAUGAAUGGACGAACUGUAAUUAGUGUUCGGGAUUAUUGGAUAGCUUCUAUAGGUGACUCAUUCGCUUCUGGUGAAGGCAAUCCUGAUAUUCCAGCAGGCUUAAUGAAUAUGGUUCCAGCUAAGUGGAUUUCAGAUCAAUGUCAUCGAAGUAGUCGUUCGUGGGCAUUCAAGGUGUUCGAAAAAAUUCUCAAUGAAACCCAUGAUGACGCAAUCCACUUCACCUAUAUACCUUGCACAGGCGCUUCUGUGGACAAUGGUAUUCUCAUUUCCGCAAAAGGCGAUUCACAAAUGGAUACGGUACUACGCAUUUCGAAAUUACGCGGAUCAGGGCCUGACUUGUUAUUAAUGUCAGUCGGAGGGAAUGACAUUGGAUACUCGGAAAUUCUUUCAUCUUUAAUUUGGGGAAAAACCACCACCCUUUUUGAAACAAUCGACAUGCGAUUCUUCUAUGCGUCAUAUCAAUUCGAUCGCCUUGCUCUAACAUUGAAAAAAAUAAAACCAUCACAGAUAGUAAUACCGCAUUACUUCGAUUUAACUCGAAACGAAAGGGGUAUUAUUGAUGCAGAUUGUGCAGAAAUGCGUCAGAUCAGAACAGAAAAUUUAAUUCUGGCGGAAAAGAAAAUCUUACAACGAAUCAAUAAAUUAAUUUCGAAGAAAGCUCAGUUGUAUUGCUGGACCGUUGUAGACGAAGUGGCUGAACUGUUUCGUUCGAGAGGGAGUGUUCGAGAUUCAUUACGAUUGCAAGGCAACAGUUUUGGUGCAUUUCAUCCAAUUGAAGAAGCACAUCAGAGUAUUGCUGAUUUGAUAUGGAACAAGCUAAAAUUUCAGUUCCAUUACAACCAUUAA